UUAGUUCAAUAACUUGACACAUAUUUGUUGGCUGAAAUUUUAUGUUCCUUCUUUGGGCCUUCUCUCCCAGUCUCGUCUAGUUUGCCAAAAGAGCCCGUUCCUGGUCGACAACUCGAGGGUUUCUUGCCGACGGCCAAGGGCCAACUGAAGCAGCUCCUCGCCCUUCCCUCUUUGCCCGACGAAUUCUAAUGGCUGAACUCGACUUUUGCGGCGGUGGCCGCCGCCAGGCGCCACCCCUGAGGAUGAGGAGGUCGAUGCAUGCCCUCUGCGAUAGCAUUGUGGAGGAGAUCUUCCGCCGCCUGCCGGCCAAGUACCUCCACCGGGUCCGCGCCGUAUGCCGCCGUUACAACGACAUCGUCCUCAGCCCGGGGUUCGUCGCGCGCUACUGGCAGUCGCAUUCCCGGCACCUCUCCGGCGUCUUUCUGCAGACCGAGCCGCUGGUUCGUCCCUGGGGACACUUUCCCGAUUUCCUCGCCGGCUCCCCCCGCCCGUCCGCGACGGAGUCCAUAUUCGCUUCAGACCUCGGAUUCUUGCCUCACUUCUUGCCCGAGUCUCAGUCGCAGGGUGAACCUGUGGACGACGCCGAGAAGAUCUUCAUCGUGCACUCGACGGCUGGCCUGGUACUGUGUUCCAGGGGCCGGAUCAACGCAGUGCAGUACUACAUCUGCAACCCGGUGUCCUGGCAGUGGGUGCCUCUCCCGGAGCUGCCGCUGCCGUUGCGUUGCAAUUCUUUGUAUGGCCUCUUGUCGGUGACUGAUAACGGAGAUGGCAUCAUCAGGUGCUUUCAAGUUUUCCUCUUUAACCACCCUAUGGAUUGGAAGAAGACAGGUGGGUGUCUGGAUCUUAAGAUUUUCUCUUCAGACACCGGCGAGUGGAGGGCCACGGCCAUCCGGUCCCCGCAACUAGGUGAGGAUCCAUAUCCACCUGUGUUUCUUGGCCAGAGUGGCACUGCAUACUGCGCUGGAGGCUGUGUCAAGGACAAGGUCAUUGCAUACAACUGCGAUCGCUACUCCAUCCAGGCCCUUCAGUUGCCUGAAAGUGUUCCUGACGCUCCAUACAACCCGAACCGGUGCAUAGGAGAGCGCCAUGGCGGUGGUCUUCGGUAUGCACAUUUUGACUACUCAGUUUUUGAGGUGUGGGAUCAGCUGCGAGAAGGUAAAAAUGGCAUGUGCUGGACCCUGGUUCACCAAGUUGGUGUCAUGGAACUUGCACAACGGUACCUGCAAACGGCACCUCGUGCGGCUAGAUUUGCUGAAUCAACUAUCCAGGGUCGCAUCAACUCCAACUCCCUCUUCCGGGUACUUGGCUUUCAUCCGACAGAAGAUAUAAUCUACAUGGAUGUGGCUGAUACUGUGGCCGCCUAUUCCAUGGAGCACGGAGUAAUGAGGUACGAAAGCCCUCGCCGGUGCUAUCGCAUCGAUAUAUUCCCGUAUGUGCAUCCGGCUCACCCAGUGCAGAUCCCCACGAUAAAGAAGGCACCACAGGAGUAGAGGUACUCCCAUGUUAAUAUGAGUUAAAUCUUUACUUGUUUUUGUGCGCUUCCAAUUAAGCAAGCCAUCAUGGUUAUUUACUUAUUUGUGUGAAUGUUAUGUUGUUUAGAAUGGAUAUGGCAGAUUAGCGGGCGCCACCUUGGGGUCUGUCUCUGAUGUUUGUCUAAACUCAACCCCAUCAAUAUGCAUGGAUGUUCUAUGGUGCAUUUAUUUUCGAAACUUUUCAAACUUAUAUCUUCCAUAAGAACAAGUUUUUCGUGUAAUAUGAUUACCUUGGGCCGCGGUCGCACUUGUAUCACAAUAUUGCUUAACUUGUUUUUAGAAGAACAGGGCAUACCCCCAGUUCCAUUUCUGAAAACAGAUCAUCACAGAGUAUUUGCUUAA